AUGUGUGAUGCUCAGGUUGAAGAGCUCUUGAAGGGGCUCAGCCAGUUGGUCAGCACAGACCUUCAGCAGCCUCGGGCACACGUCAUCCGGGCCGGCCGCCUUUCCCGCGUUCAGUUUUUUCAGCUCCACCUUUACCUCAUCAGCUAUGAGGCACUGGGAGGCUUGCUUUGGUUUGGUGAUAAAUCGCAUUACGAUCCAGAGAAGGACAUUGUGCUGUCAUGUGACGCGUCACCAUACGGGGUAGGUGCCGUUCUGUCACACCACAUGCCAGAUGGAACUGAAAGACCCAUUGGUUUUACCUCACGAACACUAAACACAGCAGAGAGGAACUACUCACAACUGGAUAAGGAAGGUCUGUCAGUGAUGUUUGGAAUACAACGCUUCCACAAGUACAUUUAUGGACGGAAAUUCACUAUAGUGACAGAUCACAAGCCGCUGUUGUCACUUUUCAGUGAGAUGAAAGCAGUGCCACAAAUGGCCUCGCCCAGGAUCCAAAGGUGGGCUGUAACACUGAGAGCCUACGAAUACACAAUAGUGUAUAAAGAAGGAAAACAUCACAGCAAUGCUGACGCUCUCAGCCGCCUUCCUUUGCCAGAUACACCUAACGUGGAGACGUCGGAAGAGAGGGUUCUCGUGCUGGAGAGCUCUGACAUCACGCUGGUGACAGCUGAUCAAGUGAAAGCAUGGACAGACAAAGAUCCAGUACUGUCGAGGGUGCGAGAAAUGGUUCACAACGGCUGGUCAGCAAAAGACAGAGGGGAGGAGUUUGCCCCUUAUGAGGUGAGGAAACUUGAACUUAGUAUUCAAAAUGGCUGUGUGAUGUGGGGGUCGAGAGUGGUUGUGCCAAAACCAGGCCAAGGAAGUGUCAUGAGACAACUUCAUCAAUGCCACCCGGGAGUGUCCAGGAUGAAAGCAUUGGCUAGGAGUUACGUAUGGUGGCCGAAGCUGGACAAAGAGGUGGAGGAUACGGUAAAGGCCUGUACAACAUGUCAGGAGCAUCGCAACGUCCCGGCACCAGCUCCGUUACACCCCUGGGAUUGGCCUGACAAGCCCUGGAGUCGUAUUCACGUGGAUUAUGCCGGACCGUUCAUGGGGAAACAUUUUUUUGUGCUCAUAGAUGCACAUUCAAAAUGGAUGGACGUGUAUCCAGUGAACUCUGCCACUUCAGCCACCACAAUUGAGUGUCUGCGAACCAGUUUCAGUAACCAUGGACUGCCUGAGUUGUUGGUGUCUGAUAAUGGCACUUGUUUCAUCAGCACAGAGUUCAACGUGUUUCUAAGUAAAAAUGGAAUCCGUCAUGUGACCUCUGCACCCUACCAUGCCUCCAGUAACGGGUUAGCAGAGAGAGGGGUCCAAACAUUUAACCCUCGUGCUGCCUUCGGGGUUAAGAGAAUGAUGAAAAAAUGUCCAGAAGGCACGCUGACAGCUAAAGUAGCCAGAGUGUUAUUCAGCUACAGAGUGACACCUCACACUACAACAGGCCUUUCUCCAGCAGAGCUGCUUCUCGGCAGGAAACUACGUUGCACUUUGGAUUCCAUACACCCAGACCUAAACAAUAGAGUGCAGAAGAAACAGGAAAGACAAAUAAAAGAUCACGACAAAAAGGCAAAAGAACGCUGGUUUAAAACAGGAGAUUCAGUGCUGACCCAGAACUUCAGUUUUGGACCCAAGUGGAUGCCAGGAAUCAUUGAGUCAGUGACGGGACCAGUGUCAUACAAGGUGAUGUUGGGUGAUGAGAGAAUAGUGAGGAGACAUGUGGAUCAGAUCCAUGCUCACCACCAGAGACCAGGAAGAGGAAAUGAAAAACAACAAACUGUGUCAACUCAGCCCAACACAAAAGAUGAAGCAUGGCUGGAUGCUGAGGAGGUUGCGCUCAGUGGUGACCAGUUGGAAGAGCCAGCAGCAACAGAAGUUGUAGGAAGUUCAGACCAAAGUGCUGUGGCAAACCAAACUCCAGUGAGGAGACUGGCAAAAAGGGAAACUAAGUUGCCCAGUUAUCUUAAAGACUUCAAAUUGAACUAA